AGAAAAAGAUUCGCGGAUCUGUUGACAAAACGUUCAUCCUUUCGUCAUUCGUAAGGGUUAUGAUUUCACGUUGGAACGUUUCUUACGUAAAUUCCAAUUGUUUCAGUGACACUGUAACGAUCGGUAUGCACGCGUCUCGUGACGUAUGCUCGCUGGAUCGAACGUCGACCAUUGCACUCGAAACAAGCGUUAAACUAUUGGAACGGUAUGCGUUUCACUGAUUCAUAGUCGUGGACAAUAAACAUUUUAUCGUGGCCACGCUUGGUAUAGUUUUAUCGGUAAUGGGUAUCGGUUGUUGCAUCAUUUCGACGUUUCGAGAAAAAAAGGAACGUCGUUCGUAUUCGAGGAGAAUGUGGAAAUUGGACGAGGGAGAAAGAUCGAUCAAUUGAUCACGUGGUUGGCCGAGAAGGAACGACUGUUUGAUUGAUCGAUCGAUCUCUAAUCAUCGAUGAGGUUAUAUCUAUUACGUAUCCGGAUACACGUGGUGAAUAGUCGACUCUCGGCCGAGUCAUCGUUUAUUCCUCGAUUUCAGUUUUUAUUCCAGCCAAUGAAUGAAUUGGCUAUUGUCGUUGACUCGGGGAAAAUUUUCGUUAUUCCAUGGACUUUGAUUUAUGUUUAAGCUCGAUUAAAAUAAAGGGGAAAAGUAGGGAAACGUGUAUUUUUUCCAAUGGUAAUCUCAAGUUUAACUUCAUUCACAAAAACGUCACGGUUUCAGAUCGUGACCUUGCUUUGCGAGAUAAAGAAAAUCCACAUUCGAUAACGGUUAACCGUUGUUAAUAAGAACUGACCACUCUCGAAAUCUCGAAUAAUUAAUCACAUCGCGGUAUCUAAUAAAAAAAUAUAUAUAUACUUAUCAUAAUUAAUUUAUUUUCCGACGCGAUUAUAAGUAACGAAUUAAAAAGUUCCUCUUUUUCAGAAAACAAACAUUAUACGUUCGGUGAUAAUUCCAAGAUGGCGAGUGGCACCGUUGUCAACAAGCAUAACCAUCCCAAUGGCACGUUUCAAAGUCAGCAGGCCGAUAUUGCCGGUAGUCUGGCUCGCCAGUACUGACAAUGAAUGUUCGAUUCGUUGAUUUUCGAGGACACUUCUCUCUCUCUCUCUCUUUCUCAGCGAGCGAAACGACAGUAGUCAUGAGAGAAUGCCGACCUCGGAUCGAGGUUCGCAUUGCCGUGUGUUUCGCAGCUCAAUACCCCCACCACAACGAUCCGUGUCUGUUCUCGGUUCAGGAACACCAGUCGAUGCAACGUUUAAAUAUAUAAUCACACGCGCGAAAUAAGCAACACUUUUCACACCUACGUGCGUACACGACAAAUGAUGUAACGGAGGGGCAAAAUCUGAUCACCUACGUGCUUUCCUUUGCGCAAUUGUUGGGCAACGAUAUCUAGGGCUAGGGGAAAUAAGAGCCAGCUGGAUUUUAUCCGCUACGGAGUUAAGUUGUUGAUUCGAUUAAAUGUCCACGUGAAAUACUUUCUCGUUCCACUCGGGUCGGUUAGUGCGGUCCUGUCGUGGGCAAAGCGUGGAAAAAAAAACAAGGCGUGCACGAGACUCGAUACUCCAGCUUGCUCUAAGGUAUCCUUCGCGUAUAAUCCUGGUUAUCUCGUGCCUGCAUGCCUCUGCACAUCUGCCACCGUCGAAGAAAGAGGAAAUUGCUGCGAGUUGGCCCGUGGAGAAUGGACCUUGUGUUCUUGCACUUCUUCGACCGGUGCGCAUUUUCUAAAAUGUCGAGGGAAGAGGCACGAUCAUCGCGCAAGGAAAGGCAGGAAGAUAAGACGGAUCCGGGUGCUAGUAGACACGGGAACUUCAUGAAUUAUUACCAAUUCCAUCCUGCGGAAGAGCGCGUGCGACAACUUCCGCAUGGCGUGUGGCGGUCUGCUCAUCCGGACCGGAAAUACGUAGGCCUAGACGUCGGCUGUAACGCGGGGGAUUUAACAUUCGUGUUGCACGACUUCCUCGAGAAAGCUUUAUCGGCCGAUCAGUCGAAGGAGAUCAGUUUGCUCGGCGUGGACCUCGAUCCGAUCUUAAUAGAGCGGGCACGGGAACGCAAUCCACGCCCGGAUCGUAUUAUUUUCGAGUGCUUCGAUUUUUUGACCGAGGAUUGUAACCGAGUCCUGAACGAGCAUCUUGACCGAUUCGAAAAGUCACGAUUCGACGUCGUGUUCUGUUUCUCGGUUACGAUGUGGAUCCACUUGAACCACGGGGACGAAGGGCUGGUGAAAUUUCUAAGAAAGGCUUGUUCCAUCGCCGACAUGAUAGUGAUCGAGCCACAAGUCUGGAAAUGUUACAGAAACGCGUCCAGAAGGCUUAGACGAUCGAAGGCUGAGGAUUUCCCAUUGUUGAAAACGUUGAAAUACACUGGAGAUCCUGUUGAACAUAUUGAACGUAUAUUGAGGGAAUUUUGUAAUUUUCGAAGAGUCAUGGUUACGAAGAACAAUGAGUGGAAACGGAGACUAUUAAUUUAUGCGAGGACGUGAGCUAUUGCUCUUGAGAUUGAUGCAUUUCCGUACCCUAAUCGCCUUCCAACGAGUGACGAGGAUAUAAUAUAUAUAUAUAUAUUUAUACGAAUGGUUAAGAAUAUUAAUACAAUUGAUGGAAUAAUUUCUGAUAGAUAAUUUGCAUAGAAAAAAAAUAGAUGACUUGCAUUAAUGAAAAAUAUCAAAGAAAGGUUACCAAAUUUUUGGAAAUUUUUGUUUAUUUUUUUAUAUAUUUAAUUUUCCGUAAGGUUAUAAUAUGUUGAAGUUUAAAAUUGAUUAACUUCAAGUUUCAUUUUGAUACGUUGAUUUAAUACAAUUAUUUAAUAAUACAUAAUUUUACAUUAUUAAACUAUUAUAUUUUAGAUAAUUUUGUCUUUUUUAAAAUAAUUUUAAUUUUCUGAAAUUGAAUAUUCAAAUGUAAGAAAAAUAAUAAUAAUCGUUUUGAAAUAUCAAA